AUUUCAGGAGCGGCGAGUCACUGUCACUGAUACCGACCACUGUGAUGGUUUGGCAAACCAAGAUGGAGUACGAGUGGAAACCCGACGAGCAGGGGCUCCAGCAAAUACUACAGCUCCUGAAGGAAUCGCAGUCCCCGGACACGACCAUUCAGAGAUCUGUUCAGCAAAAACUUGAGCAACUAAAUCAAUAUCCGGACUUCAAUAAUUACCUGAUUUUUGUUCUGACAAAGUUAAAAUCAGAAGAUGAGCCCACCCGGUCCUUGAGUGGUCUGAUUUUGAAGAACAAUGUGAAAGCGCAUUUACACAAUUUUCCAAAUGGUGUAACCGACUUCAUUAAAAAUGAAUGUCUGAAAAAUAUUGGUGACUCCUCGGCUUUAAUUCGAGCCACUGUGGGUAUUCUGAUUACUACAAUAGCCUCAAAAGGUGAACUACAGAACUGGCCAGACCUCUUACCAAAGCUCUGUAGCCUUUUGGAUUCAGAAGACUAUAAUACCUGUGAAGGAGCCUUUGGUGCUCUUCAGAAGAUUUGUGAAGACUCUGCAGAGAUAUUGGACAGUGACAUCUUAGAUAGACCUCUCGAUGUUAUGAUUCCUAAAUUUCUGCAGUUUUUUAAACACAGCAGUUCGAAGAUAAGGUCCCAUGCUGUUGCCUGUGUGAAUCAGUUUAUCAUCAGUCGAACUCAUGCCUUGAUGUUGCAUAUUGAUUCUUUCAUUGAGAAUCUAUUUGCACUGGCUGGAGAUGAAGAAUCGGAAGUUCGAAAAAAUGUAUGUCGUGCCCUUGUCAUGCUGCUUGAAGUCCGAAUGGAUCGUUUGCUUCCUCAUAUGCGCAACAUUAUUGAAUACAUGCUGCAGAGAACACAGGAUCAAGAUGAAAAUGCAUUGGAAGCUUGUGAAUUCUGGCUAACAUUAGCUGAACAGCCCAUAUGCAAAGAAGUGCUUUCUGGACACCUAACACUGUUAGUACCUGUUCUUGUGAAUGGGAUGAAAUACUCAGAAAUUGAUAUUAUUCUGCUUAAGGGAGAUGUUGAGGAGGAUGAAGCUGUUCCUGAUAAUGAGCAAGACAUCAAGCCCCGUUUUCACCGAUCCCGAACUGUCGCGCAACAGCAUGAAGAGGAUGGAAUUGGUGAAGAGGACGAUGAUGAUGAUGACCUUGAUGAUGAUGAUACAAUUUCUGACUGGAAUUUAAGGAAGUGUUCUGCUGCUGCACUGGAUGUACUAGCUAAUGUUUUCCGGGAGGAAUUGUUGCCGCACAUUUUACCGCUGCUGAAGGAGCUGCUUUUUCACCCAGACUGGGUGGUGAAAGAAUCUGGAAUUUUAGUUCUUGGAGCUAUUGCAGAAGGUUGUAUGCAAGGUAUGAUCCCUUACCUGCCAGAGCUCAUCCCUCACCUUAUUCAGUGCCUCUCUGACAAGAAGGCUCUUGUGCGUUCCAUCACCUGUUGGACCCUCAGCCGCUAUGCACAUUGGGUAGUAAGUCAGCCCCCAGACACCUAUCUGAAGCCAUUAAUGACUGAACUUCUUAAACGCAUCUUGGACAGCAAUAAGAGAGUGCAAGAGGCUGCGUGCAGUGCUUUCGCUACCCUAGAAGAGGAGGCUUGCACAGAGUUGGUGCCGUAUCUUGGCUACAUACUUGAUACACUUGUCUUUGCUUUUAAUAAAUAUCAGCAUAAAAAUCUUCUGAUUCUGUACGAUGCUAUUGGAACCCUGGCUGACUCAGUAGGACACCAUUUAAACAAGCAGGAAUACAUUCAGAUGCUGAUGCCUCCCCUCAUUCAGAAAUGGAACAUGUUAAAGGAUGAAGACAAAGAUCUUUUUCCCUUACUUGAGUGCCUGUCCUCUGUUGCCACUGCCUUGCAGUCUGGCUUUCUUCCAUACUGUGAACCUGUAUACCAGCGUUGUGUCAACUUGGUUCAAAAGACACUUGCACAAGCUAUGUUACAUGGUGCACAGCCUGACCAGUGUGAAGCUCCUGAUAAAGACUUCAUGAUUGUGGCUCUCGAUUUGCUUAGUGGUUUGGCUGAAGGACUUGGAGGAAACAUUGAACAACUAGUAGCACGGAGCAAUAUUUUAUCAUUGAUGUACCAGUGCAUGCAGGAUAAGAUGCCAGAAGUGCGACAGAGUUCUUUUGCCUUGUUGGGUGACUUGACUAAGGCUUGUUUUCAGCAUGUGAAACCUUGUAUUGCUGAUUUCAUGCCGAUUCUUGGCACCAAUCUAAACCCAGAGUUUAUUUCAGUGUGUAAUAAUGCCACUUGGGCAAUUGGAGAGAUCGCCAUUCAAAUGGGGAUCGAAAUGCAGCCUUAUGUUCCAAUGGUUUUACACCAGCUAGUGGAAAUCAUUAAUAGACCUAACACACCAAAGACAUUAUUGGAGAAUACAGCAAUAACAAUUGGUCGUCUUGGUUACGUUUGUCCUCAAGAGGUGGCCCCCAUGCUACAGCAGUUUAUAAGACCCUGGUGUACUUCACUACGCAACAUAAGGGAUAAUGAAGAGAAAGAUUCUGCUUUCCGUGGCAUUUGCAGUAUGAUCGGUGUCAAUCCAGGAGGAGUUGUACAGGACUUCAUUUUUUUCUGUGAUGCAGUUGCAUCAUGGAUUAGUCCAAAGGAUGACCUCAGAGAUAUGUUCUACAAGAUCCUUCAUGGUUUUAAAAAUCAAAUUGGGGAUGAGAAUUGGAGACGUUUUUCAGACCAGUUUCCACCACCUUUGAAGGAACGCCUUGCAGCCUACUAUGGAGUCUAACUGUGUAUGCUGUUGUCAUCCUAUAAUCAGGGUCUUUCAAGAUGGGAAGGCCAUAGGGAGCCUCUGCACCCAGGGAAAAAAAAAAGUACCCUUUACUGGGGGGGAAGGGUAACCAGUAGGACAUAUAGUACAAUCCCAACCCUACUGGGACGGGUGGGAGGGAGGUGUUUAGCCGUCGCACUGUUCAGUCGACAUUGGGGGAAAGUUGAACCCCUGAAGCCUUUAUCGAUGGACAUUUGUCUCUUCUUUUUAGAGCUCUACACCAGAAGAGAAGAAACAAAGGAAGACAUCUGAUCCAAAAAUAUCAUAUUUCUGAUUAGGGGGAAAUGCAACAAAAGCAGGAAUUGUAGGCUUCAGAUGGGGGGUUAAGUGCAGAGAGAAAAUCGUAAUCAUUAGGUUAAAAGUUGGCAGCCAGAGACGGGGGGGUUUACAAACUAAGGCUGAAGGUAAGAAUUAAGGAACACACUCGGGGAUUAAUAGGUAUUUGCAUGAAUUUAGGAGAACUUAAAAAAUGACAAGAUGUUAGUGCAGUUCAAAAGUGCAGCUUGUUUCCAAGAUUAAUAGCAAGCUCCUAAGUAAAAUCAUAGACAUUAAGACAUGAGUUUGUGAUUUAAGUAACUAUAUCAGUCAUAAAAUGAAUGACUAACUGUUUUAUUGGUAAUAAGGCUAACCGGCUCGGGAAACCCUAAAUUGCUUAUUCUUUUCACUGAGUGGUACGUGCAUAUCGGUUAAAGUUUGACAUAUCUUCCUUAGUUUUGCAUUUUAAAAAAAAUAGUAUAAGUAAUUGGGUUGUAACGCCAGUGUUCAGAUUUUGUUUCUAAACCAAGAACUAAAUUUUUGUAGUGUACAUGUUCGAUUUAAGGUACAGGCAUGUAAUUUGGUUCACUGUGGUUAAGAGUAAGGUUGCUUUGUUUAGUGGGACAUUUGAACUAGCAUGCAUGCAUCAUAGAGAGUGGAAAUGGUAAGGUUUUUCCCACUAGAAUUUUUUUUUAGUGUUGCAAUUCAACAAUAUUAAUAAAUAGACUAUUUAUGUGUAAAAUACCCCGAGGUUUUUCGUAUAGGAUUUUAAUUUCUGUUAAGGUUAUUCAUAGGUAUAACCAGUUUAUAAGGACUUGAAAUAUCUUUAGGAUCCAAUAGGGUUAAGGUUGUUGUAUUGUGUGUAACCUGCACAAUGUGGAAAGCUGAUUAUCUCCAUGCAAAUCUGUUGCCUCUGUGCUGUCAAUGUGAUGUGCUUUCUGCAUGGUUAUAUACUAUUGAAUUAAUAGAACCUCCAAGCGUAAAAUAAUUAUGUAGUAGGGCAUUGAGGGCUGCAUAAUUAGAUGGCACGUAAAGACAAUUGUACAAGUGUAAGAGACAGGUUUGCUUUAUUUAGUGUUUUUAAUCCCACUUAAUUGGUAAUAUUUUUGUUCAAAGCAUGAUCUCAUGAGAUGCUUAUUGUCCUGUAUUGGGUCUUAAGCAAGAUAGAUCAAGAUUCAAAUCUGGAAUAUUUGAAACAAAAAUUGGCACAUUGGUGGCCCUUUGUGCCAUAAAAGCUGCAGGAGUAAAAAAUGGAAUGGAUCCUGUUCCUUUAAUUUGUUCCACUUUAUGUUGCUUUCUAUACUCUCCUUUGUUUGUGUAAAUAAAUUCUUUUACACUGAAUUCUUCCCCUUC